AUGACAGUUAUUCCAAACCCAUCAUUAGUUCUUAAUAAGAUCGACGACAUCACUUUCGAAACCUAUGAAGCUCCCGAAAUCACCCAACCUAAUGAAGUAAUCGUCGAAGUCAAAAAAACCGGUAUUUGCGGCUCCGACAUUAAAUACUAUGCUCAUGGAGAAAUUGGCCCAUUCAAACUAAAACAUCCAAUGGUAUUAGGUCACGAAUCCGCUGGGAUUGUAUCCAAAAUCGGUCCCGGGGUAACCACUUUAAAAGUCGGUGAUCGAGUUGCUAUUGAACCUGGUAUUCCUUCAAGAUUGAGUAAUGAAUACAAAAUGGGGAAAUAUCAUUUAUGUCCCCAUAUGUGUUUUGCCGCUACUCCAAAUGGAGAUAAACCAAAUGCUCCAGGUACUUUAUGUAAAUAUUAUAAAUCACCGGAAGAUUUUUUAUUUAAAUUGCCUGAUCAUGUUAGUUUGGAAUUAGGUGCUAUGGUUGAACCAAUGUCUGUAGGUGUUCAUGGAUGUAAAUUGGGUGGAGUUAAAUUUGGUGAUAAAGUGGCUGUAUUUGGUGCUGGACCAGUUGGGAUUUUGACAGCAGCAGCUGCUACUGCAAUGGGUGCAUCUAAAGUUAUUAUUGUUGAUAUUUUUGAUCAUAAAUUACAAAUGGCAAAAGAGAUUGGUGCCGCUAGUCAUAUUUUUAAUUCCAAGACUGGUGGGGAUUAUAAGGAUUUAAUUAAAACUUUUGAUGGUGAUCAUCCAACGGUGAUUUUGGAAUGUAGUGGUGCAGAACCAUGUAUUAUUAUGGGAGUUAUGGCUGCUGCUCCAGGUGGUAGAUUUGUUCAAGUUGGUAAUUCGGUUGGACAUGUUAAAUUCCCAAUUACUGAAUUUGCAACCAGAGAAUUAAUCUUAUAUGGAUCUUUUAGAUAUGAUUAUGGUGAUUAUCAAACUUCAAUUAAUAUUUUUGAUAAGAAUUAUAAAGAUGGGAAAGAUAAAGCACCAAUUGAUUUUGAAAGAUUAAUUACCCAUAGAUUUAAGUUUGAAGAUGCUAUUAAGGCUUAUGAUUUAGUUAGAGGUGGAAAUGGUGCUGUAAAGUGCUUGAUUGAUGGUCCUUUGUAA